UAAUAGGCUGCAGGUGGUAAUGCCGGAGAUCAUUAGUGAUUCUCAAUCUGCGUUUUUGGGAGGCCGUCAACUUGUUGACAGUGUGCUAGUCUUAAAUGAGGUGGUGGAAGAGGUUAAGAAGCUUCUGGUUAAUGGAAGCCCAACAGAGGAGUUUGCGAUGGGGAAAAGAUUACGACAGGGGGAUCCGUUAUCUCCGUUCCUUUUUCUCAUGGUGGCUGAGGGUCUACAUGGACUAGUCAAAAAAGCAGAAGAGGGAUUGUUACAAGGCAUCACGGUGGGUAAUAAUGGCUUAGCUAUUUCUUUGCUACAAUUUGCAGAUGAUACAGUGAUAUUGGGGAAAGCUAAUAGUGAGAGUAUUUUUACGGUUAAAACUAUUUUGAGAUGGUUUGAGUUGAUGUCUGGGUUGUGGAUAAAUUAUGGCAAAAGUAGUGUCUUUGGUUUCAACAUGGCUUCUCGGUGGAUUAAAGGGGCAGCAAGUGCUCUCCAUUGUGGUGUUGGGGAAACACCCUUUAUGUAUCUGGGUAUGCCGAUUGGGGGGAAGAGUGGGAGUAAGAAGAUGUGGAAUCCAAUUCUGCAUAAAUUUCAAGCUAAGUUAGCUGUCUGGAAGUUUGCUGUGCUGUCUACUGGUGGUUGCAUCACUUUACUCAACUCGAGGAAGAUUUCAUGGGUUAAGUGGGAUUAUGUGUGUACUAGUAAGAAGAAAGGAGGUCUAGGGGUGCCAGAUUUGCGUCAAAAAAAUUGGGCAUUGUUAGGGAAGUGGUGGUUUAGAUUAGGGGAUGGAGUGGAGGGCUUGUGGAAACAGGUGGUUUGGGAGAGGUAUUAUGGUGGAAGGGAGGAAGUGGAUAUUACAGCAGUGGAUACAGUUAGGGUGUCUAGGCUAUGGAGGGAUGUUCUGAGUAUAGGGUUGCGAUCAGAUGGUUUAAAGAAUAUGCUGGUGAAGGGUUUUAGAUGGGGGGUGGGAGAUGGAAGUAGGGUGGAUUUUUGGAAAGAGGUUUGGGUGGGGGAGAAGACUUUGAGGGAUUUGUGUCCUAGGCUUUUCCAAUUGGCGCUUCAUAAGGAUGGUUUAGUUAGUGAGAUGGGGGUUUGGGAGGAAGGUAGUUGGAAAUGGAGGAUUGAUUGGAGAAGAGAGAAGGAUGAGGAGGUGUUGUUGUGGGAGAUCCUGGGUAAAGUUCAACUUAAGGAAGGUGUUAAGGAUUGUUGGCAGUGGGUGCAUGUUCCUGAUGGCAGGUUUAGGGUGAGACAUGCGUAUGAGUUCUUGGAAUCUACGAAUUACAUUCUUAAUGAACAAUUAUGAAUUAUUAAGGAUACUCCUGAAACAUUAUGGGAUUGUCCAUCUCGGAGUCCUCUAAGGAAGAAGUUGACAACAUCAAGGAAUCAUAUUGCAAUCCCCCAAGACAUUCCAUUGCCUAAAAAUGAAGACAACGAAUAUGUCUGCUAUAAGGCAGAAAGAUGUUCCAAGGAAAUCUUUGUGGAUGCGAAUGAAGUUAUUCAUCCUGCGGGUAGUGAGGCAUGGAAACACUUUGAUGAAACCCACCAAACAUUUGCUGAUGAACCUAGAAAUGUUAGACUUGCCCUUUGUACAGAUGGUUUCAAUCCAUUUGGUUGCUCUGCAACGCCUUACUCUUGUUGGCGUGUUUUUCUUACAGUGUACAACCUUCCUCCUGAAUUGUGUAUGAAGUCAGAGCAUAUAUUUCUUGCCAUGAUAAUUGCUGGACCUAAAAGUCCAGGAAAAAACAUUGAUGUUAUGCUUAGGCCAUUAAUUGAUGAACUUAAGGAAUUGUGGACAAAUGGGGUUGAAACUUAUGAUAAUUUCAGACAACAUAAUUUUAUCAUGAAAGCUGCAUUGCUAUGGACUAUAAGUGAUUUUCCAGUGGCUGAAGGAAUUGAGAUUCCCAGAUGGCGUCUCUUGCCAAUUGCUUUCCGUGAUUUCCUCAUAGAUGAAGUUUGGGGUCCCUUAACUGAGAUGAGUAACUUUUUUAGAGCUUUAACUGCUUCGAUUAUUCAAGUCAGUAACAUGGAGAUGUGGGAGGAAAAAUUUGUUGAGACAAUUUGCAAGUUAGAGAAAGUAUUCCUGCCAGCAUUCUUUGACUCGAUGGAGCAUUUGGCUAUCCAUCUACCAUAUGAGGCAAAAGUUGGAGGGCUUGUCCAAUUUCGUUGGAUGUAUCCUUUUGAAAGGCUUUUUGAUUAUCAAGUAUGUUCUGGUCUAUCAAAGGAUCAAAUUCAAAUCAAACGGCAACUUGAAUUUGUUCCUUGGUUUAAGACAACGGCAAAUAUGAGACGAGGUAUGCGAGGUGCAUCUUCUUCUAGACAGCAGGUUGAUCCAGAGGGAGAACCACAGAGGUCAUUUCGUCGUCUUAUUCGGGGGCCUCAUAGGGCUGUUCCUACACAGCAGCAGCUGCCUGGCUUGAGCCAGCUUCCCACACAGCUGCAACAGGAGCAACCCAUUGUUACUCAGCCACCAUUGGUUGAUGACCAGUUCACUGGUGAUGAUGCAACAAUGGAGGAGGAGAAUAUAGAGCGUAAUUUGGAGGCUGAGUUGGAGGCUGAGUAUGCUGUGCUUGAUCCUGAGUUAGAUGCUCAGUUAGAGGAGGAGCUAUCACGUGCUAUCCCGAAGACAAGACGUGGCAUGGAUAAAGGAGAUGACGCUCCUGCAGAUCCGAGUCAAAGGAAAGUGCUUAGCCUUAAUCGCCGAGGCACAUUCAGCCAUGAGAGGUUUGGGAGGACUAUCACAGUCAUUUGGAAGUACUUGUAUGAUGAGCUAGUGCUUUUCUGGUCUAGCUGGCCUGAGGAAAAGAAGAGGAGGACAUAUUAUUGGGAAGAGGAUGAUGCUCGUGUGUAUAAAGUCUGGAGAUUACAUUGUCGAAACCGUUUUCGAGACGAGCUUCAUCGAGCUCAAACGGCGUGGGUCAAAGAGAAGAAGUUGCCCGAGUUCAUGCAUAAGGAUACCUUUAAAAUUUUGUUGGCAAAAUGGAGGAGUCCAAAAUAUAUUGCACUCCAGGAAAGAGGUCGGCAAAAUCGAUCAAAGGGUGAUCGGGUGACCCACACAACUGGAUGCCUUUCUAUUGGGAUCCAUGAGGAUCGACUGGCAGCUAAAAGAGAAGGAGUUAGGCCGACACCUUUAGAGUCGUACUUGUUGACUCACACGACUCGCCGACCUGAUGCUCCAGAAGAUGCCCCACCCGCUUGGAUAUGUCCACAGGCUGAGCAGACAUAUGUAAGAAUCUGAUUCUUUUAUGAU